AGAGAGAUGGCACCAGUCAGAGCAGGAUUCUGCCCCCUGCUGCUGCUCCUGCUGCUGGGGCUGUGGGUGGCAGAGAUCCCAGUCAGUGCCAAGCCCAAGCACAUGACUCCAUCCCAGUGGUUUAAAGCUCAGCACGUGCAGCCCAAAUCUGAAGCAUGUGGAAAAGCGAUGGCCAGCAUCAAUAAGGAUGGAAAACGCUGCAAAAAUCUCAACACCUUCUUGCAUGACUCUUUCUCCAAUGUGGCCAACACCUGCCAGACCCCCACCAUAGCCUGCAAGAACAAACGUAAAAACUGCCACCAGAGCCACGGGCCUGUGUCCAUGACCCUGUGUCAGCUCACCUCAGGGAAGUACCCAAACUGCAAGUACAAAGAGAAGCACCAGAAUUCUGCUUACAUAGUGGCCUGUGAACCUCGCAAGAAAGGGGACUCUAAGGAAUUCCAUCUGGUUCCUGUGCACUUGGACAAAGUCAUUUAG